CAAGUAAAUAUAAAAGUAACUAAAAUAAUGUAACUUUUUUGUGUCACUCACAUCCAAAAGUUAAAAAAUUAUUUAUUGUCCGUGGGUUUAUUCAUUCAAGUUUUUUUUUUCUUUUUGCUAGAUCAGGACUUUAGCAGAAUCUCUCAGCUUUUCCUCUUUCUACCUCCUUCCUGACCAGAAUUCGGUGCUUUAUUCUCCAUCCUGACUGAAUUUGAAUUAGAAUGCCAAAAAUAGGCGAGAUGAAUCUCUGAAUAACAGACCAGACGUCUGUAGAGAAUUGAGUUUUUAAUCCUUUCCUGGUAAAGCUUUCUGAUUGCAUAAAGAAGCGUCUUUCAGCAUCAUUCUGAAUGCAUUUUUUUAGAGUGCAGACACAGAUGUGACAUCCAGAGGAGGAAGCAGGUGCAGCUUUGUACUAAAAUGAUUCACACUGAUCCACAUCGGAGGUUUGGGAGAAUAGGAUAUUAAAACAGAAAAACAAACAAAAAAAACAUCUUCUGGCUUCAAACCAACAUCUAGAUUUGUGGGCAUUAGGCAAUGUUUUUUUCCUUUUUCUUUUUAGCAUUGCAGUCGUUUAUGUUUCGCGCUGGGAAGAAAUGUUUUAUUCUGUCAUUAAAUUUUUUUUUAUGUAAUUGUCAUUAUUUUUAUUUAGUUUUAAGCGCUUUGUUCCAUUUAGGUGUUUGACUUGGAGCAAGAACAGAAGAAGAGACCAUCAACCAGAUGUUUGAUUCAUAGAUUUUCUUCUAAUCAUUCUAAUUUCAAUUCUCUCCCUUGAGACGUACAACUCCAUCCUUGCUGCUGAUGAUCUGCACCAGGUGGUUCAAGUUUCUUAGAGAUAGAUUAGACCUGAUCCAGACUCUUGACGUUCAAGGUCUGCUCGUCAAAACGCAGAGGAACGCGAACAAGGAUGCUGCCGCUCUUCAAAGAAGACACUUCAAUGGACGCCAAACAAAGCUGGUCUCCAUGGACACCAACGGAGGAGAGCGCACUUUUAGCACAAGUUCACACAAACAAAGAAGAAAGAAUUCUGUGGCGUCCAUCGCCUUGUGCGUCCAUCUGAGCGUCGACACGGCUGACAUCAAGAACCGAGUUGUGGAUUUGGAGAGCGGCACGGGCGAGCACACCUUCAUCCACGGCUCCGGCUACUCCGUGGAGGAUCUAAAUUCUCUGGUUCAGCAAAGAGUGGAUGAGCUCUUGUCUCAGCGCACAUAUGAGAAUUUCAUCAAGAUUCGGACUGCCAGACAAACAUCACCUGAGUGCAACUGCCCCCCAGGACCUCCGGGUAAGCGUGGAAGAAGAGGCCGCGAUGGAGAACCUGGACCUCCUGGUCCUCCAGGUCCAAAAGGUGAAAAGGGGGAUCAGGGUGACCAGGGCCCACGGAUGGUCUUCCCUAAGAUCAAUCAUGGCUUUCUUUCCGCUGACCAGCAGCUCAUAAAGCGACGGCUCAUUAAGGGAGAUCAAGGCCAAGCAGGGCCGCCUGGCCCACCGGGGCCACCGGGUCCUCCUGGACCGAGGGGGCCCCCAGGGGACACAGGAAAAGAUGGACCCCGCGGCGUACCGGGUCUGCCAGGUGAUCCAGGGAACAUGGGAGAAUCAGGAGCCAUGGGACCUCAGGGGCCACAAGGGCCAAAGGGAUCUUUGGGACCUCCUGGAAUUCCUGGUGUUGAUGGACAGAAGGGGGAUCUUGGCAUCCCAGGACAGGACGGUAUCCCAGGGGCCAAGGGUGAAAUGGGAGAACGAGGUGAAAAGGGCGACAUGGGCGAAGAGGGACCGAAAGGUGACAUGGGGGAGAAGGGAGACGCCGGUUCAUCCGCUGCAGGCAUUAAGGGGGAACCUGGAGAACCUGGAAGAAGUGGACAGAAGGGAGAGCCAGGACUUCCAGGGCUGCCUGGACUCCCAGGGAUAAAGGGAGAACCUGGAUUCCUCGGCCCACAGGGAGAACCAGGGCUUCCAGGACUCCCGGGAACUAAAGGUGAAAGAGGUGACCAUGGACCUCCAGGAAAGGGUGAACGAGGAGAACUGGGACCUGUUGGACCAAAGGGUUCCCAGGGAGAGGCUGGUACACCUGGCUUGAAAGGGUCAAAGGGAGAAACUGGAGAUAAAGGGGAGAUGGGGUCAGCCGGUCCAAAGGGACCUCCGGGGCAGAAAGGAGACCAAGGAACGACAGAAAUCAUCGACUACAACGGAAAUAUUCAAGAAGCUUUACAGAAGAUUACCACUAUUACAGUCACGGGUCCUCCUGGCCCAGCUGGACCAAUGGGACCACCGGGCAUGAAGGGCGAUCGUGGUAUGCCUGGCCUCCCUGGACUUGAUGGAGAGAGAGGCUAUAAAGGUUCCAAAGGAGACAUGGGAAUGCCGGGAGCCUCGGGGGAAAAAGGAACAACUGGUUUGCCAGGUCUACCUGGUGUCAAUGGGGUAAAAGGAGAUAAAGGAGAUUCAGGACUUCCUGGUUCACAAGGUCCAUCUAUCAGUGGGCCUCCGGGGCCACCAGGACCCCACGGCCCCCCAGGACCCAUGGGACCCCAUGGCUUCCCUGGGCCAAAGGGGGAACCUGGUUUGCACGGUUUGAAGGGCAUUAGAGGAGAACCGGGACACAAAGGGGACCGUGGACCUCUGGGUCUCCCUGGAGCCUCCGGCUUGGACGGCAAGCCUGGAAUUAGGGGCAUGGACGGACCUCCGGGUCCAUCUGGGCCAGCCGGGCCAAAGGGGGACAUGGGUGAAAAGGGAUCUCCAGGUGAGCCAGGACCACGAGGACCCUACGGACUACCAGGAGCUGCUGGAACACCAGGAUUGGAUGGGUUACCAGGCUUAAGGGGAGAGAAAGGAGACGAAGGGGAAAGAGGAGAAAAGGGGGAGAAGGGAAAGAAAGGCAAAAAAGGGCCUAAGGGCGAGAAAGGAGAACAGGGUGCCCCAGGAUUAGAUGCACCCUGCCCAUUGGGUCCGGAUGGAUUACCGAUGCCUGGAUGCUGGCAGAAGUGAUCUCUGUAACCCCAAACGCAUGGAGUUUGUAAAUAAUGCUUCUUUUACGGUAUUUAUAGUUUUUUAAUGCAACAAAGCAACUAUAAAAGAUAAAAGUAUAUGUGUACAAUGAUUUAAAAAAAGAAAAGACGACAGAUGACCGUCCUAUGCUGCUUCUGCUCCUCACACGGCGGCGUGGAAACAUCAGACGCCACCUCACGGCUGCAGUUUCGGAGCUCAGACCUCCGGCCAGCAGUAGCGGCAGAACUUGUGGUUUUAGUCUUUUGCAUGGCUCAAGCUGGAGCUUCGCUGCCUGACCAGAUUCACUGGGAGAGAGAGGGGUUGGAAGGAGGUGGUAGAGGAGGAAAAGUGGAUCUGGACUGGCUCCCUCCAAAUGCUGUGUGUCGUUUUGUCUCAACAAACUCAUCACGUUCAUGCGGCACCGUGUUCUCAAAGACUAAAAAAAAGGAAAAAGACUGAGUGAACAUUGCUCCUUUGAAAAAGCAUGAGUAUUGUACUAUAUCUAAAUGUACUGUACAUACGUGUGACUGUUAUGUGGUUCGUGCCAUGGCUUAAAAAAACACUAACAAACAAAAAAAGGCGGGAAAAAUAAAUGAUUUUUGUUGGUUUUUCUUCAAUCUUUUCAAAGGGAGUCACGCCGUGGCUGGUGGCCUGAGUCCCUGAAAAGGCGGUGAUGUUUUUUUUUUAUGUUUUCUUUAUUGUGGCGACUCCCUGCAGUCUCAGCGAGAUCUCACUGUUGCUCUCUCGGAGCUCAGUUUUGUCGGCGUGGCGCCUCAGCGAGCCACGCAUCUUUGGACGAGAGCUCUGCAGGCGACGGGACGGGUUUGAGAAUCCGAGUGAGGCUGGGAAUGGCUCCAGAGGGAUUCAGUCGAGAGGUUGAUGAGGAGAGCGUUGGUAGAAAGCUCACUUUUUUUUUUUGUCUUUUAUUCUCAUUCUUAAACAUCAUUUGUAAUUUGUGUAUAAUAGCCUUUGGUGCCUCAAGCUUUUAUUCAUUCCUUUAUUGAAAAUGUACAAACGUUUGUGAUAUUUUGAACCAUUGUAUAAUGUGUUUUUGCUCAGAAGGAGAUGAACAGAUGUUUUUUUUUUUGUUUUUUUUUUUUUUAAAUGAAGUGUUUUCACAAAAGUAUUUUUGCUUGGUCACACAAUCUUGCAUUGGAAAAAAUAGUUUAUUCAAAAAAAGUGUUGCAAAGAUGCCCUGUUUUCAUCCUCAACUUGUUUGGUUUAUAAAGUGCAGCCAGACUGAUGCAUGAACACAGUUUAGCACACUUUAAAAUAGAAAAAAAUGAGUGUUUUACUAUUUUUUUAAGUAGAGUUUAGUCUAAAGUGUUUCAAUUUCAGAACUUCAAAAGAACACACAACCGCUGGUUGACCGCCGUCUGUUCUCAUCAUUUAUGGUCUUAAGCAAAUGAAAAAGGGUUUGGAUCCAUAGAUUCAUCACUGAAGGCCAGUCAUGUCACAUUCCUUUAUCAGAUAGAGCAACUCCACCCAUUGACUGUACAUGAGAACUGGACUGACCCCUCAUUUUCCAAACAGGAAGUACCUGCUGGUUCCAAGAAGCCAAAAUCCCAUAGACUCCUAUUGAUAAAUAAACAGCCAUCAGCCAUUAUAUUUGUCAUAAUUGUUCUGACACUUGUUUUUAACAUGUUCUUACUAAUCCUAUUUUUGUGAUAUUUUUUUUCCACCUUUGACUCUUGAAUACAGUGUUCACACUGGACUGUCGCUACCUGAUACUAGUCCAUAUCCGGUUGGCACUUUCAUGUAUGUAGAGCCCAAAAACAGUCUUGGCAACACGUGAACGCAAGAGUUUUGAACAUAGAAGCCUGAAACACGCCUAUGUGGACUUUAUAUUUUGCUUAAAUGUCCAUUGUAGAGGGCAGUGUGAACGUACCUUUACAUCAAAACAUUUGACGGAUUCUCCUGCUAUCAACAAGCUCACUCCUGAUUGGUUGCUACUGCAGUGUUGUCUCUGACCAAUCACUGCUCACUGGCCAUUUUUGGAUCCAACAUGGCGACGGCUGUAUCCCAAAAAACAGUGACUGAAUUAAUUUCAUUUGGUUGGAGCUCAAAGAUUCUCUGUAGGUGAUGUCACACUCACUCGGUCCAGUUCUCAUAUACAGUCAUUGAUUUCACCACAGUUUCUAGUUCAAUGCAUCCUGACAUAUUUGCUCUAGAAAACUAGUUUUUUUUUUUUUACUGUUUUUAAAAUAUUUUUCUUGCAAAUAUGCAUGAGUGAGUUGUUGGAGAAACAUUAAAUGGGAGAAAACGUGUCGUUUUACAGCAAUGGCUGCCGAUGGAGCUGGCGGGAUUUCUUUCAGUGAGUUUUAUGUAUGAAGGAGUAGUUCAAGUCGGUUCAGACUGUAACGCUGCUCUUUCAUAGUCAGUUUGCUCCAUUCGUGGUAUCUUGCAUUUGUGACAAUUUAAAGAUCUUUUUUUUGUGUAUUUUUUAAAGUGGUACAGUAUUUAUUUUUCUAUCCAUUUCUUUUGUAAAGGCAUUUUGGUUCGGAGAAGCAUUCCUUUCAGCUUCUGUUGAAACGAAGAACUUUUUGGGUCAGUUGAGGCUUCAGUUGGUCGUUCACGAACCAGUGACCAGCACGCUCUCACUGUGCGUUCACUUGAUCUGCAAGGCCUUACCAUGACAUGCAUGCUUUUAUUUUGAAAACGUGUGUCAAGAAGCUAACUCUGCCACCAACACAGUUAAACAGAACAGCCUUGUUUCUUCUCUCUGCUCUAUAUGUCUCUUUGCAUUGAAUGUAGAUUGAUAUUUGUAUAGUAGAUUAUUAAUGUACUGUUGACGUGUGCUUAUUUGACAUAAAGUGCAAUUUAUACUUUGGUUCAUGCGUGUAGCAUCAAAUGCAGCUUAAGUAUAUCACAUUAAAGUGAAAUCUGCAGCUUCAUUUGUUCAGUAAAGCUACUCGUUAUACCACUACCUGGAAAAAAGGGUUUUUAUUGUAAACAUGGACCUCUGACUCAAGUAUUGAUUUUGUUUGUUUUCUUUUAAACUGUCCAUUCAUUUUAAAAUGUAGUUUGAUAUGUUUCUGCAGAUGUUUUUUAUUUCAGCAUUUCUUACAGUCUUUGUUUUCACACGGUGCUGUAUCUUAAGCAUGUGCAGCUAUUUUUUUAUAGACCUUUUUGUAUUUCAUUAAUCUUUUACUUGUUUAAGGGUUAAAAUAUAAGUGAAUUAAGCUGUAAGUAGAAGCCGUUUCUUGAUUUCCAUGAAAGUGUUCAAAGCGCUGCUGAAGAGCUGCACAGGAAGGUGCAAUGAGAUGUGUUUCCUCAGUGAAUUCUCCACUGUUGCAGGAAAGUUCUGGGCUUUUUCUUUAAGGUCACAAAGAGGUCAUUCAAAGUAUCCAAGUCAAAGCACAAGUUUAGUCCAAAUAAAGGGUCAAAUCUUCAACUUUCUGCAUCAUCUGAGAGGCGUAGGUCUGUAUCAGAGGGCUGAGAUUUGCUGCAGACUUCCUGUUAAACUCCUGUGCUCACAAAUGUUCUCUAUGACCUCUUAGUAUUUUGUUUUUGUUCAUGAUUUUCACUUAUGUUCUGUUGUGCAUUUGUUUUAUUUCUUAUUUUUGCCCCCUGCUACCAUUGGGUUCACACUCUGUCUAAAGUUGGAGCCAAAUAAACAGUCUUUCAAAUCGA